GGCUAGAGUGGCGUUUCCGCUUCCGGCGGCUAGGCUCGGAGCGGCGGGUGGAGGGAGACGGUUGCCAUGAGCUUCCUGAAGCGGUUCCCGCCGCCGGCCGAGGGGCUCCGGCAGCAGCAGCCCGACACUGAGGCGGUGCUGGGAGGUCGCGGGCUGGGCACCGGGACGCUGUACAUCGCCGAGAGUCGCCUGUCAUGGUUAGAUAAGUCUGGACUGGGUUUCUCCUUGGACUAUCCCACCAUAAGUUUACAUGCUGUCUCCAGGGACCUAAAUGCCUAUCCAUGGGAACAUUUGUAUGUCAUGGUGAAUGCCAAAUUUGAAGAGGCAGAGCCAAAAGAAACUCCCAUGGCUGAAGGGGAAGAGGAGGAAGACAGUGAUGAUGAUGAACCAAUUGCAGAAUUCAGAUUUGUACCCAGCGACAAAUCAGCCUUGGAAGCUAUGUUUUCAGCAAUGUGUGAAUGCCAAGCCCUACACCCAGACCCUGAAGAUGAAGAUUCAGACAAUGAUUACGAAGGAGAGGAGUAUGACGUGGAGGCCCAUGAACAAGGACAAGGCGAUAUCCCUUCCUUCUACACCUAUGAAGAAGGGUUGUCACACUUAACUGCAGAGGGUCAAGCCACUUUGGAGAGAUUAGAGGGCAUGUUAGCUCAGUCUGUCAGCAGCCAGUACAACAUGGCUGGAGUGCGAACAGAAGAUUCAGUGAGAGAGUUUGAAGAUGGGAUGGAGGUGGACACAGCACCAGUGGUUGCAGGGCAGUUUGAAGAUGCAGAAGUUGAUCACUGAGGAGGAUGUAUGCUGCUAUUCCUCUUGUGGCACUUCCAGAAUAAGCUGUAAAACUGAAGGCAUUGCAGUGACUAUUGGGAAUUAACCUCUUUAAUAACUUCUCUAUUAAUGACCUAAGCAUGGACAUCUACGUCUGUAAAUGCUUUUAUAGAUGUGCUUAAAACAGAGUUUGACAUUUUUGUGACCACCGUGGGGUUUUUAUUUAAAAGAUAAAAACAAUAACACCUCUUAUCUAAUGCUUGAAUGGAGCUAAUCAUGGCUCGUUUCUAGGAAGCCUUUUUAGGAAUUCUAGGAAUUAAGAAACAAAAUUGUAAUUAGAACAGAAUUCUAGGUUGUCCUAGAAUUUGUCCAUAUUUUUAUAUCUGUUUAUCCCCUGAAUCAGCCAUGUCUGAUAGAAACAGGAGUUUAGUAAAGAAAAAUAAGGUCAGCUGAGGAUGCAAAACAAAACUAACUAAAUGUUUAGCCCUCCAAGUAACUAGCUUUAUCUAUUCAGGUCUUUUGUCUGUCAUUUUUUUACUGACAGAGUUUGGGUAGGGGAGAGGCUAGAGUGAAGUCCCACAGAUGAGACUUGUUUUGUGUCUUUGUAAUAAACAUUAACAAAAUUGUUUAAUAAACUUAGACUUUUGUAUCUCACAA